CUGCACUUUUUCUUUUCUUCAAACAAUUGAUUAAAUCAUAUUUUUCUCUCUGAAAAUUUGUUUUCAGAUAUGAAAAACAUUGCCUGAUAACAAUUUCCAUCUUAUAAAAAUAUUCAAAUACUUCGUUGUUAAGAAAAAAAAGUGUAUCAUGUCUAAAAUGUAUUGCUUUACAUGACAGAUAUAACGAAAUCGACAACUAUCGAUAGAAUCGAUUUAUCGAUUUAUCGCCGCCAUUUUGAGCAGAUGGCCAGUCUCUAGUGAAGGUCUCUAAGAAAACUGCGCAGAGACGACGCGGAAACAAAAGUAGGCGUGGUUUGAUCAAACUGAACACAUUAUGUAAUCCUUCCACUAUGAUCGGAAGUGUCGCAAUGUGUAAAGUAUCGCGCGAUUAUAGUUAAUCUGUUAUCGCGAGUGUUGUGUGAGUGUGGAUCCUGACAACCUGCGAGAAGGAGGAGGCCUAGGAGCAAUGGCGGAGCAAUGGCGGGGCAAUCUUGCAGUCAUCAAUGAAAGCUCGAGUGCUAGGUGAACACGCAUCGUCGAUGAGCGGGCAACGUAUCGGCGAUCACGCGGUGGCUUCGGGAUUCCAGGGCAGCUUCUAAACGCGCUUCAAUUUCCGGACUUAAGCUCUGAGUUUGGCUGGAGAACACAAGAUCAACGACGAUCCGCCCCUAAGUCGCCGUAGGCGAGAAACGCGAAGGCAAAUAUCGCGCGUUAAUUAAAGACGGAAUUUUCACGGUAAAAUCUGCACGCGUUCCACGUCGAUUGAAAAACGUCAGGAAUUGCUGGGCGAUGUUUUAUCUGGACGGAAGAGACGGCACCGCCGCCAAGUACGACUCGUCGUCACCCAACGGCGAGGAGAAUUUCGGCUGGUGGUUGAACGAUCGGGAGAUUGUAUUGUCUAAAUCGCAUCAUGUCGGAGGUCAUCGAUCGCUCGGAUCGUCCAUGUCGAUUCUUUCUUGCAUGGACUCGGAUGAUUCGGAUAGCUGCAGCUUCGCGCGAGAUGUGUCGCUGCAAGAACAGGAAAGCGAAAUCAGUGAGAACAUCGAACUAAUCUCGUUCACUCAGAAUGAUCUCGAUAUUGAUCUGAUCGAGAGGGAUGCUAGGGAAACGAGCAGCCCACUCGCGAUUGCAAUCAACAGCGAGUGCAACGUCAAGAAAGAAUGCAUCACUCCCAUUUGCUACACCCCGGAGAGAUUGAUCAGAUCUCAGGAAUACCGGAUACUCACACCAUCCCCUCGCUGCUUUACCUUCUCCCAGGCGAGAUUCACGGCAGAGAACGAGAGCAGAGAAUGGAAGUCCCGCCGUUGCCGAAAACAGUUGAGCCUCAUCGAUUCCAAGCAAAUCGGUACAACGCAGCUGAAAACACUUCUGAACUUACCAAGCACGAAUGUGAGGACAUGCGCGAUUUCCUCGCCCAUUUCCGAACGCCGACAAUGGGCCACCGAUGAUUUUAACGCAUCGAUGAAAUCGAACAAUGAUUCUUCGACCGACGUAGACUGCGGUGUGCGAAGUAUGAAGACCGGUGACAGCAGCAGAUCGAGCUACGACAGACUGAACUCCACCUGGGACGACUGCAAGGGUUCGGCCACCAGGCCGCCCUCCCUGGAGGACACUUCCGGUAUACACAGUUACGAUUGGAGCUUGGAGACCCAGAGCGACGUGCAAAACACGCCGAUAUGCCUCUGCGACGAGCUGGCGAUUGCGUCGAAAGAGCACACCGCGAAUUUCGCAAAUGAUCGAGGUACCGCUAUCAAUGAAGUGGUAUCUAUCCUCGAAGGUCUUCGGAGUGAUCCCAGGAAAGCAACUGUUCUUUUGGAGGAGGAGGAUCGAUUUUGCAGUAGCACGUCCUCUCACGACCAAUUAACCAGACUGGCUCUGACCAUCGAGACAGACGUGGAAGCGCCGGCGGUUCCUGACGAUCCGAAUAAUUGGAUACGCCAUCUCCGCGAUAGAAUAGAACGGUUGCAACUCGCCAAUAAAGAGAUCCACGGGGACAUACGCGGUUUACGUACAAAGUUUCAGUGCGACGAAAAGAAGGCGAUCAAUUUGUCAAGUGAUACAACGAGAUUAUUAGAAGACGUUCACGACUUGAGAUAUUUCGAUGACCUGGUGAAGCUCUUAGAAGGGGAACUUGAGACAAUCUCCAGAAGAAAUUGGCCAUUUAUUCUGGGACACAGCAAGCCUCAUGAAGAGAUGAAUCUAAUCAUUUGAUUAUGAUCUCAAAGAUCGUCGUGGAUCUUAAAGUUCAUGAUUAUGAUCUCAAAGAUAGUUGCGAAUGAUCGGCGUGCAGGAUAAAAGGAUUUUCUUUAGGAAGAGGAUGUCUCCUGAGUUCGAUGUUCAUAAAGGAAAAGUACCUCUUCUCUCUUGGCUCAAUGACUUAAUAUUUUCAGAAAUUACUAAUUCGGAAUUAUUAAAACGAUACGGAGUAUGAGAUACUUUUUGAAGAUUACCACAUCGCGUGAGUAAUCUCCAAAAAUAAUCGCAAUUAUAUAGUUAGCACAAAAAAUUGGACUAUAAAUUUUGCGAUAAAUAUGGACUAUAAAUUUUUGGACUUAAAAGUUUUAAAUCUUAAAGUGAUCGAAAUGAUCUCAUUUUUUUUAUAAGAAAAUCGACUAUAAUAUUUUAUCGAAAUGAAUCUCAUACAAAUUAUUAUUAAGACAAAACUUGCAGCUUGUGAUAUGUUCCGAAUGGAUCUUAUUUCUUAUAUUUGCUUUUAUAAAAUUUUCAAUAAACGAAAUCUUUUUUUA